AUGAAUAGAGACAAAAGAGAACCUGAAUAUCCAGUUGAAUUAGAAUCGCAAUUUAUUUUACGUUUACCCGAAGAACCAGCGAAAAUACUUCGAGACGUUCUUAAGUCUGGAGAAAAUCUUAAAAAUCGUCUAACCAUACAAGUUGAUAAUGAUGUCAGAAGUGGCGAAGUAAGGUUUGAUCAUUGGCUUAUGCACGCUAAAAUUCUUGAUUUACCCACUAUCAUAGAAUCUAUGAAAACCAUUGACAAUAAAAGCUUUUACAAAACAGCAGAUAUAUGUCAAAUUAUGAUCUGUAAAGAAGAAGGAGACGCCUUUGAAGAAGAGUCUCCAUCGAAAACUAAGAAGAAAGAUCCUUAUAAAGUUGACAAAAAAUUUUUGUAUCCUCAUGGUGUAACUCCACCUACCAAAAACGUUAGAAAACGGCGUUUUAGAAAAACUUUGAAAAAGAAGUAUGUAGAAGCACCAGAAAUAGAAAAAGAGGUAAAGCGUUUGCUUCGGGCAGACAAUGAAGCUGUAGGUGUUACAUGGGAAAUUAUUAAGGAGGAUGACGAUCAUCCAAAACAUGAGACAGCUCCCAAACCCAAAGAACGUAAAAAAGCAGCUGUCAAAAAGGAACCUAAUCCUAAACAGGAGCCAUCAAAUGUUGUGGACAUCUUUGGUGGUGCUGUAAGUGAUAGUGAUCCAGAGGAAGACACUAUGAAUAUGGAACUAGAAAGAAUGUCUCCAUAUAGCCAUAUGUCAGAUAAUACAAUGCUCAGUAUGGAUCAAAAGUCAUUUACAACAGAUUUUAAACCACAAACAUCAAAACAAAGUGAGCCAGCUCAAAUGGAGUACUUUGAGGAAGAUUCUCGUGAUCGGGAUAACAUGACUAUUAGAAUUGAACAGCUUAAAGCUGAGUUAGAUGAACUUAAACAAAGAAGACAGAGAACACAGAAUGAAAUAGCUGGAAUGGAAAACCAGGCUCUUAGACAACGGUUCCAAGAAACACUUCAUACACUCAAUCAAGACAUAAUGUAUAAAGAAAUGGAAUACCAGGGACUAAUAACUUUGCAGACAUCUGAGGAUAUUUAA